CUGCAUCAUUUGUUGGACGUGAACCGAGUGAGGGGUUUGACCUGUGUAAACAAACACGAUAGUGCGGCCACAAGUAGGCCUUCACACACACAUACACACUCCAGGGCAACCCUGUGUCACACAAGUGUGUAUAGAUCUCAGGAAGAUCUUCAUUUGACUAUAAUGUAGCCCGAAUAAAAAAUAAGCAACGUCCGUUUUUUUUUUAAAUUCUAUGUUGUAUUAUUGGUGGACUUUUAAAACAAAUCCUGUGCUUUAUGAAAACCAACAAUGGAUAACAACUAUACAUCAAGUGCACACAAUGAAAACAUUUAUGUCAAUUACACAUUUGACAGCACACAUGGGCAGCUCUAUGAUUUUAGUAAGAUGGCAGCUGUGGACUGGGAUGAAGUGCAUGAUGGUCAAAAGUUAGUGCCUCGAGAGUACACAUCCUGGAAUGCACUCAAUAUCCUGCGUCUAUCACUGUCAUUGUGGAUCAUGGCUGGACACUUGGCCAUCAUACUGUUUGUGCUUUCCAAACAAGUUUUAAGAAAAGACCCAAAGAACCUGUUGAUUGUGAAUGUGGCAUUAACUCAUCUCGUCAUGGGAGGGUUCAUUAUACCUGUCAAACUCCACUUCACCUUGAAUCCUUACUUGGUGGAUUGUACUUUAGCCAAGGUUUGGACAUUUGUGACAGAGUUCUUCCAGACCUCAUUAUCUCUCUAUGCAGUUGCUUUUUUGGUUUUUGAGCGUUUUAUGUACAUAUAUACAGAGAAACAUAAAACAUUGCUAUUAAUGAAAUCAAAAAAGAUCACAACAAUGGUUUUAAUUCUACUCCCAUGGAUAUUGUCAUUGCUGGUUUUGUUGCCCAUUUUUCAAUCAGCCAUUCUUGUCAAGUCUGAAGAUCAAAAUAGUUGUUUAUUUAAAGUGAAUGAUGGUUUCUUUUUCGCAGCAUAUAUUUUGGCAUUCUUUCCACCAUCCAUUUUGGUGGGUACAUUGACACCAUUCACUGGACUUCUAGACUGCCUCAGACCAAACUCCUGCUCCUAUAAGCCAUUAACUCCAAAGGGAGAAUCAUUGACUGUUACCGCAUUUGUAAGUUUCUGCUCCAUUUUCUCCGAGGCUCCCUACUGCAUUGUGCGACUACUGAUGCUGAAAAUGGAGUGUAACAACCCAUACUGCAGUCGUUUUAGCGAAGCUCUCACUAUGACAAUGUGGAUACGCAUAAGCAAGGCUGCCAUCUUUCCUUUCAUUUGGCUGGCCUAUACAGAUAUCAGAGAUGCAGUGUUGUGCCAGUUAAAAUUGAGUGAUGAUUCUGUCGACUAUGAUGACGAUGAUGAUAUAUUAGUUGAAGGAAAAGAUAUUCAGAAAUUUCCACUGACACAACCUCCAAAUGUGCCAGAUCUUUGAUUAAAAGUUAUUGUAUUUAAACUAA